UUUACAUCAAUUAUCUCAUAAGAACGAUACAAAUAUUUAAAGUUCUAUACUUUCUUUUUAUGUAUUACCACAAUGUUUCGUUUUAAAAGAAAAUCUACCAUUUCUAUACAACAUAGACCCAUUGUAAAAUGGUUAUUAAGGCACACAACGCGAAUGUGUGAACUCCAAAGAAUUUGUUAUGGAGAACUGUGUGGAGCACCAAGAACACUAGCUGUAGAAGAAUCUCUUAAAUUAUCUAGGAAUGCUAAUAUUAAAACUCUUAUAGUCUAUUUGAAUGAUUUUGCUGAUCAACAUGCAAUCACAAAACAGACAAAACAAAAAAUCUUGAAGGAAGCUAUUGUCACCAUAUUGGUGACCAAGAAAAUAAAUCCGACAGCUCAUCCUGACUUUGCCAAGUCAUUUGGUAAAUGUGUAGAAUUAAUUUGGGGCUAUAGACAACUUUGCGUGGAAUGUGAAGAGCUUAGAAAGACACCUUAUGACGCUGAUAAUCCAGAGCACGAGUUAUUAUUGUUAAAAUUGUGGAAUUUGUUGAUGCCUUAUGAGCCUUUGGAUGCUAGAGUUACCAAACAAUGGCAACACAUUGGCUUUCAAGGAGAUGAUCCUAAAACAGACUUUCGUGGAAUGGGAAUUUUGGGAUUAGAAAAUUUAGUUUAUUUUGCUCAAGAAUAUCCCAGUGCUGCGACACAUGUGUUGUCACAUUCUACACAUCCACGUUAUGGUUAUGCAUUUGCCAUAGUUGGCAUAAAUUUAACAAGUAUGGCUCUAAGAUUGUUAAGGGAUGGAAGUGCCAAGACUCAUAUCUACAACUCUUCAAAGAGUUUUCCAACAAUUCGUGCAUUCCAUCAACUUUAUUGUUAUCUUUUCUAUGAAUUUGAUGGAUUUUGGAUUGAUUCAAAACCAAGCAAUAUGAUGGAAUUUUCGUCCAUACAAGAAAAAUUUGAAAAUAGUAUCAGAAUGGCACUAGCUGAUUCAUCUACUGUCUUUAGGAUAAAUAUAUCAGUUGAUAAUGUUUAAGAUAGAUGCAAUAUUUUCUGUUGAUAAAACUAAAAUUAUCAUAAACAGUGAACACUAUUACUACAAUGCACAAAGCUACUUGCUCCAAUAUAUGUAGCACAAAAGUGUCUUGUGAAUGAAUAGUACAGCAUUAAUUAUAUAUUGGAAACUACAAAGAGUAUAAGAUACAAAACAAAACAUGAUUAUUCAUGAAGUCAUUAAGUUACAGAAAGAUACAAAGAUCUUAAUGCAUUUGAUAUUAUAUUUUUACUUUAUUUUUCUACUGGUAAUAAAGGUAAUGAAGGUAUGUGUUACCUAAUGAAUGUGAAGGGACUCACAUUCAAACAAAAACAUUUAUUUAUCACAAAUAAGUUAAAGUACAACGUUUACCCAAAUAAAUAUAUUACUUUCAA